GGCUAGGUAUAUACGAAGUACUACUUUGAGCAUAUAGUAACAUGGCCAUAUUAGCAUAUUUUAUGCCAUUGGCAAGUUAUAUAGGACAGAUGAGAGAUCAAUUAUAAGGGUUAUAUAAAGAUUAUAAUUCUUGCAUUCCUUGAUCCUGCACAGCUACCAGCCCAAUGACCAACAAGAACCUUUUUCCUACGUCAAAACUGCCACAGCCACCCUUCCAUCUCUGGAAAGAAAAAUGUCCAAAGACAACCAGAAACAAGAAAAAUUAACUGCGGCAGCAAUAGAAGAGGCUCUUCAAGGCCGUUUCCCAUCAUUUGGCGACGUUUCCCCGUGUUACCAGUCCAGUGAAGGCUGUCACCACGACGUAUGGUUUGUGGGACGCAAUUUGAUUCUUCGCGGCUUGCCUCAGCCAGAUGAAGAAUCGGAACCAUCGUUGGAAAAAGACUCCGCAGUGAGUAAACUGCUUCGCCAACAUCUGAGCAAGCCCAAUUUGGUCCCCGAGGUCUUGGGGAGGGUGACAAUCGGAGACUGGAUUUGUAACGUCGAGGUCAGGGUACAUGGUACUUCUCUCGAGGAAACCUCGCCAACAGAGGCGACAGGAGACGACCUUGUUACUCUUCUACAAGACCUUGCGUCCGUUCCCAUUGAAGAGGCUCGGAUGGCCACCAAAUGCGGGGAGGAGAGGGAGGAGAGGCAAAAUCUAGAGGAACUCGUGCCCGAAGCAAUCGAAGCCUGGGGCGAGCUCAUGCACUGCAAAUACGUGGAAGAUGCAGAGACACUCGUAGAGAGUUUCUUGAGAUUCCAACUCUCCCAGCUGUCGACUUUGCAGGAGGAGGAGGAAUAUCGCCCAGUGCUUCUUCAUGGUGACAUUAGUACCGAACAUGUCUUGAUCGAUGAAGUUCAAGGCACCGUCAAUGGCAUCAUAGACUGGUCCGAUGCUAUGACUGGCGAUCCGUGCGUGGAUAUCUCGGGCCUGUCUCUCACAGUUGGGCGAGUCAAGGCGAUUCAUCUAAGCAAAAAGACGUCAUACUCGAGAUUGACGAUAGAGAGGGGACUCUUAUUCGCCAUGUGUCUGGUUAUUACCGACAUAAGAGGGACAGUUUGCGGAGACGAUGAAGGUCCGGAGGAGCUGCUCAAGAGAGAAUUUCGGCGGGCGUUUGAGGGCGCUGGGGUAGAUGAUGUGACAUUUUCGAAGUCAUUCUGUCGAAUGCAUAUAUGACAGAGCUUGCGGCAGUCUUCUUAUUAUGUGCCUCACCGGAGAUGUUCCUCAAUGUUAUACAUGUUCCUUCCGCGG